AAGCACUCGGGCAAAUAAAAGAAGUAGAAAUAGCGAAUUGUAGACUGAUGGAGGAAAUUAUUGAUGUGCAAGAAGAAGAAUUGGAGGAAGUUGCAGCCGCUGACACUUUAGAAUUCCCUUUGUUAACCUCCUUGUCUCUUGAGGAAAUGCCAAAUCUCAAGACAUUUUCUUAUGGAAAGUACUGUAUUCACUGUCCAUCCUUGAUAAGACCGACGAUAUUCGGAUGCCCCAAAAUGAUAACAUUUUCUUCAUUCGAAGGAAAGCAACGAUCGAUGACAGGUGAUAUAGGUUUACAACAAGCUUUUAGUUGCAUCAACUCUGACUUUUCCUUGCCUGUCUUCUUCAAUGAAAAGGUUCAUUUUCCAAACUUGGAGGAAUUGGAGCUUUCGUCCAUGUGCGAAUUAAAGAGGAUAUGGCCCAAUCAACUCCACGGACCGUCCUUCUCCAAACUCGAAUCCAUCACCGUUGGACGUUGUGAAAAUCUAUUACAUGUUUUUCCAUCAAAUUCAGUCGAUAGGUUGCAUAGCCUCAAUAAAAUUGAGGUGGUCGAGUGUCCCUCCUUGGAAGCAUUAUUUGAACCAAUAAGUCUCAGCGACGAGAAAAGGAGAAAGCCAUUGGUCCUCUCUGCAUUAAAAAAAAUGAAGUUGAUGAAUCUGCCAAGGAUGAGAGACAUUUUGAAGAGUGACUUCAAGGUAACCUUGGCAUUUCGUAGUCCGGUGGAAGUGGACGUGAGCCAUUGUCAUAGUUUGCCAUAUCUCUUCUCAAGUGCCAUGGCCAGAACUCUUGAUAAACUCGGGGUGCUUGAUGUUUCCUGUUGCAAUAACCUGCGUGGCAUAAUUGCAAUGGAAGAAGGAAAAGGGAAUGAUGUAGAGACUUUGAAGUUCCGUCAUUUGAGCACACUCAAGCUUGGUUACCUUGAGAAGUUAAUUAGUUUCAGCUUAGCGAGUUGUGCUGGUGAAGGUUUACAUCCUCUAUUUGAUGAGAAGGUCUUUCAACCCUUAGAGCAAUUGACAAUAGGGAGGGAGGACGAGGAUGUUGUGAUGAGGCAAUCUUACAUGUUUGACAAUCUCAAAGAGCUGUGUUUGUCGUGCUACCAUGAUCAGAAUGUGUCUUUUCCCUCCAACUUCCUUCUCCAGAGAUUUCCCAAUCUAGAGACGCUUGAUGUGGACUGUAGUUCCUUCGAGGAGAUAUUUCCUGGAGAUGCGUUUGGACAUGGGGGAGCGACUUCCCAUGGAGAACUAAUUAAGAUGGAAAAACCUCUCAGGGCACUCAAAAAUCUGAAGCGACUUGGGCUGAAUGAGCUAUGGUACUUGAGGCAAAAUGUGUCUUUUCCCUCCAACUUCCUUCUCCAGAGAUUUCCCAAUCUAGAGACGCUUGAUGUGGACUGUAGUUCCUUCGAGGAGAUAUUUCCUGGAGAUGCGUUUGGACAUGGGGGAGCGACUUCCCAUGGAGAACUAAUUGAGAUGGAAAAACCUCUCAGGGCACUCAAAAAUCUGAAGCGACUUGGGCUGAAUGAGCUAUGGUACUUGAGGCAAGUUUGGAAAGAUGGCUCUUCGAUGGCUGAAAUCCUUAAACAGAUUGAAGUUCUCUCAAUUUUCCGGUGCCCUAGUUUAUCGAUCAUUUUUCCAUCUCCGACUUCGUUCCAUAGCUUGACAAACUUACAAGUAGAGCAUUGCGUUGUUUUAGUUCAUUUGGGGACUUGCUCAGCUGUGACAAGUCUGGUCCACCUUACUCAUCUCAUCCUAAGAGAUUGUGGUGCAAUUAAAGACGUGAUAACAGAUGAUGGAAAUGGAGCAGAGGAGAUCUCUUUCCCCAAACUAGAAGAGUUGAUACUUGAUCGUUUACCAAGCCUUGAGAGCUUCUCCUCCACAAAUUGUGCCUUCAGGUUCCCAUCGUUGGUGCGUAUUGUUGUGAAGCAGUGCCCUUAG